AUGAAAUUCAACACAGAACAGGGGAGGGAAGAACUCGGUUUGCACCACAAUGCUGUGGUCUGGGCGGACAUCACAGCAAUGGCAAGCGGAACUCCUAUUCUCAUCAAUAGCAUGUUGAAUAGAAAAAAGAAAGAGGUGGCUAGAUCGAAUGACUUGAAGCUUCUGAGCAAUGAAUCUCUCUUGCUCUCAGAUGAAAAAAGAAGUUCGGAUAACACCCAUAACAGAGAAACAAACAGAGGAGAAGGAGCGAAGAACAGAAGGGAAGGAGAAUAUCACCGAUUUUCUGUGAGAGACCCUUAUAGUCACUUGGAUUAUUGGUCCAACUCUUCUUCCAUCCGCAAUUGGGUAGGGGUUACAUGUGAUUCUAAUUAUGGGACAGUGAGGAUCCUAGAUCUUAGUGAAACGAGUCUUAAGGGAACCUUAUCCUCAAAAAUUGGAAAUCUAUCUUUCCUUGUGAAGCUCAACCUUCAUCGCAACAACUUUUAUGCACUUCAACACUUGAUUCUCAACAAUAAUGGGUUUGAAGGUCUUAUUCCUCCAAGUAUAUCCAAUUUGUCAAAGUUGAAGAGCUUGGAAUGCAAAUCCAAUUUUAUAAAAGGUUCCAUUCCAUUUGAGAUUGGAAGACUUGAGAGUUUGAAGAUUUUACGCGUAUCUUCAAACAACCUUUCAGGAAUAAUACCUCCAAUUUCUAAUUUAUCCCUACUUGAGCAGAUCAUGCUGUCUUAUAACUCCUUGUCAGGAUAUAUUCCCAAAACAAUUGGUGCUCUCACAAAUCUGAAAAUAAUAUAUCUAGGUGUUAACAAGUUGUCUGGCCAAAUACCAAGGAAUAUUGAAAACUUGGCAAAACUUCACGAGCUAGAACUUGGUGAAAAUAACAUAGAAGAACUAGGGACUUGCUGA